AUGACAGGACAUGACGACAAUAAUACAACCACCACGAGCGAUGCAAUGAGGGACUCGGAUAUUCAGAGAGAAAAGGUGGCAGCAAACAUGGAAAAGAAGCCGCCUUCCUUUGCACGUCGACAUAUCAAAUGCCUCAGCUUUGUGUGUGCAAUUGUGAUCAGCUGUGUUCUCGUUGCAGCCAUUGUUCCACCCGUUUUACUCGUGAAUCGACAAAACAAUCCGGUUGCUCCACCCGAAUCAACAUCAACGGCGUUACCAGAACAGCAUCGAGAUCCCAAUGAUCAUCCACCUCCAUUACGUGAUCCAUUCAACAAUACAGCACAAGCGAAUGCACAUACACCACCAUUGAAUGAACCAUUUCCAUAUGGCAAGACCCCUAUUCGUGGCAUCAAUCUCGGUGGAUGGCUAGUGACUGAACCCUUUAUUACGCCAAGCUUAUAUGAUCAAUUCAAUUCCUCGGCUGGUGUCAUUGAUGAAUGGACGUUAUGCAAAGCUCUUGGCCCCGAAGAAGCUCGACGCCAAUUGACACAACAUUACGAGACAUUUAUCACUGAAGAUGACUUUCGCAAAAUCGCACGUAUGGGUUUUAACCAUGUACGUAUUCCAACCGGUCAUUGGGCGAUCGAGACGAAGGAGGAUGAACCCUAUGUACCCAAAGUGGCAUGGCAAUAUCUAUUACGAGGUGUGCAAUGGGCGCGUAAAUAUGGACUACGUGUGAUGAUUGAGCUGCACACAGCACCUGGAUCGCAGAAUGGAUGGAAUCACUCAGGUCGUAAAGGCGAGAUUCGUUGGCUCAAUGGCACUCAUGGCGAAGAAAAUGCCAAUCGUACUAUGCGCAUUGUCGAAUCGAUGAUCAAGUUUUUCGAUAAACCAGCAUGGCGAGAUGUUGCUCCUAUCUUUGGUGUCCUCAACGAACCUGCCAUCUUCCGUAUCCACACACAACCAGUCCAACAAUGGUACAAGGAUAGCUAUCAUACGCUUCGCAACAUCACUCAGGAUGGUGGUCCUUAUCUCACCUAUCAUGAUGGUUUUAUUGGUCUCGAUUCAUGGAAUGGCUUUUUUGACACCGAGCAUGUUUACAAGCGGAUGUUCCUUGAAACACACAUGUAUAUGAUCUUUGAUGAUAAUUUGGUAUCCAUGUCCCAUGAUCAGCAAGCCAAGUUUCCUUGUGGUGCAUGGCGAACAACACUACGCAACGCAAUGCAUUCAGCAGCACCUACCAUGGUGGGUGAAUUCUCUAUGGCAACCAAUGAUUGUGGAAAGUACUUGAACGGUGUUGGUCUUGGCACUCGAUAUGAAGGCACAUUACAAGAAGGCACAGCUGUACAACAACCCGUAUGCCCCAACUGCUCAUGCGCUCACACUGAAGAUUGGAAGAAUUGGGACAAGGAAUAUCAAGAUUUUCUCAACUCUUUCAUCGAACAUCAAAUGGAUGCUUUUGAAACCAGCAGCGUCGGAUGGUUCUUUUGGACUUACAAGACCGAGGAUCAUAUCAACCCUCAUUGGGACUAUUCUCUGGGUUGGGAAAAAGGCUGGAUUCCCCAAGAUGUCAAUAACCGUACUCAUUCUUGCGAUCCCCAAUAA